AUGGAGGCAUUCCAGAAGCUUUUGGUUGUGGGAAUGUUGUUCAUAAUUGGUAAUGCUAUUUUAUCUAAUAGUAUGACAAUUUGUAACAUGACAAGAGAAGAGAGGAAAUCGUGCGAGCCAUACGUGACUGGCGACAGUAAUUUUCGUAAACCUAGUCGCGCUUGCUGCUCUGCAACUGCUAAGGCUGAUCUUGAAUGCAUCUGUAGUUACAAGGAUUCAGGGUUGCUUUAUUUAUAUGGUAUUGAUCCUAAACAAGCCUUGGAACUCCCACUUAAGUGUAAGCUUAAGGUCUCUGUUCAGUGCGAAUAA